AUGGCAGAAGACAUCAAGACAAAAAUCAAGAACUACGGGACUGCUUCUUUUGACAGCUGCUUCCCCAACCAGAACCAGACCAGGAACUGUUGGCAGAACGACCUGGACUUCCACCGCUGUGAGAAGGCAAUGACACAAAAGGGGGUGAUGUCUCUGUGUGUGAAUGGUAUCGGUGUGUACACAAGUCCCGGUGCCCCAUAUCCUGGGUUUCGGCCUGGGAUGACUGCCCGGCAGAAGGCGCGUUUCCUGGGAAGAUCUGAACUGGGCAUCCUCCAUCCUUCUCCCAGGGAGGUGAAGGGGGGCCUGAGUACACCCCAGCCUAGAAUCCUGAAUCAUGGCUUAACUAAUAAUAAAUACUUGUUGGAAAUAUGUAAAAAAAAAAAAAAAAAAAGUGAUGUCUUCUAG